AAAGAAUAGGAGGAGGAGAAGAGUGUGUAGGGCAGAGGUGAUCUGGAAGAAGAGUCUCCUAGAUCUGUUUAAGCUGUUUCCACUACUUGGAGAAAAGACCAGUAUAGACAAAGCAGGAUGAAAAGAUGGCUGACUUCUUGUUACCACCGGGUACUAACAGCUUCCACCGGUUCACGCCUGAAUCCUUGGCUGCUAUUGAGAAGCGAAUUGCAGAGAAGCUUGCAAGGAAUGCGAAGCAGGAGUACAGAGAGCAGCUGGGCGAAGAGGAAAAACCUCAGCCUCAGUUUGAUUUGCAAGCUUGCAAGAAGCUGCCUGAUAUCUAUGGGACUGUUCCUCCAGAGCUUAUUGGAGAACCACUGGAGGACAUUGACCCCUUCUACAAUGAUCGCAAGACAUUUGUAGUACUGAACAAAGGGAAGACAAUUUUUCGAUUUAGUGCCACUCCUGCCUUGUAUAUACUUAGUCCUUUCCAUCCAAUCAGAAGAGCAGCAAUUAAAAUUUUGGUACAUUCGUUGUUCAGUAUGUUUAUUAUGUGCACUAUUUUAACUAAUUGUGUGUUCAUGGCACAAUCAGAGACUCCAUCAUGGAAUAAAUAUGUUGAGUACACUUUCACUGGCAUUUACACUUUUGAGUCAUUGAUAAAAAUAUUGGCGAGAGGAUUUUGCAUGACAGAAUUCACCUUCCUUCGAGAUCCAUGGAACUGGCUGGAUUUCAGUGUUAUUGUUAUGGCGUAUGUAGGAGAAUUUGUGAAUGUAGGCAGUGUUUCACCUCUUCGGACUUUCAGGGUAUUGAGAGCUUUAAAAACUAUUUCAGUAAUCCCAGGACUGAAGACCAUUGUAGGUGCACUUAUCCAGUCUGUUAAGAAACUUGCUGAUGUGAUGAUCCUGACCGUUUUCUGCUUGAGUGUCUUUGCCCUCAUAGGCCUCCAGCUCUUUAUGGGCAACUUGCGACACAAGUGUGUGAGGGACUUCACCCAGUUUAACUUCACCAACGGCACAUUGUACUUGGAUGGCAGGACAUGGAACAACUCAGAGGAAUUUCUCAACGAUCCAGUAAACUACUUCAUAAAAAAUGGUACGGAAGAUGUGUUACUGUGUGGCAAUAGCACUGAUGCUGGCACCUGCCCGGAGGGAUACAUAUGUCUGAAGGCUGGGGAAAAUCCUGACCACGGUUACACAAGCUUUGAUACUUUUGGCUGGGCCUUUCUCUCUUUGUUCCGUCUGAUGACUCAAGAUUAUUGGGAACGCCUCUACCAGCAGACUCUCAGGUCUGCUGGGAAGAUCUAUAUGCUCUUUUUUAUGCUAGUCAUCUUUCUGGGCUCGUUUUAUCUGAUCAACCUGAUUCUGGCUGUGGUGGCCAUGGCAUAUGAAGAGCAGAACCAAGCCACUAUUGCUGAAACAGAAGAAAAGGAAAGAAAGUUUCGGGAAGCCAUGGAGAUGUUAAAGAAAGAGCAGGAGGCACUAGCUGCUAAAGGGAUUGACUCAAUGUCACUUAGCUCCCUGGAAAUGUCACCUUUAGCAUCCAAAAAUGCCAAGGAAAGAAGAAACAGGCGAAAGAAAAAGAAAUCUUUAGGGGCAGAAGAGUAUGGGGAAGACCAGAGGAAUUCAAAGUGUGAAUACGAUGACGGUCAGAGGAGAAUGACUCUCCUUGGCAUUAGUUAUGGUCCCAGUGCAAACUUGGUGAAGCGCAGAACCAGCCACGGAAGCAUUUUCAGUUUCCGACUCCGUGGUAGAGACACUGGCUCCGAAACAGAUUUUGCCGAUGAUGAGAUCAGCACCGCUGGGGAAAAUGAAAGCCACCGGGGCUCUCUCUUAAUUCCAAGAUCUGGGAGACGUCUGAGCAUUCAAAGUCAAGUGAGCCAUAGUUCUCACCCUGCUACUCCCAACUACACCCAGACGGGCAAAAGGAACAGCUCAGUGGAUUGCAAUGGUGUGGUUUCCCUGAUAGGAGGAGGCACCGGGGCACUCAACCCAGACCCUACUUCUCCUGCAGGGUUACUGCUCCCCCCAGUUAUUAUGGAAAAACCUGGGACAGGCGAUCUGACCUCUCUCUCAGAUGAGGCCAGCAAGAAGCAGCUUUUAAUGCCCCAUCGCCCAUCGCUGGACCACUCAGAUGAACCCUUUCAGAGACAGAGGGCAGUGAGUGCUGUCAGCAUCAUCACCAGUGCCCUGGAAGAGCUUGAGGAAUCACACCAGAAAUGUCCUCCGUGCUGGAACCACUUUGCUGUUAAAUUUCUCAUUUGGGAUUGCUGCCCGUUUUGGCUUUUAAUCAAGAAAUUCGUCAAGUUUGUGGUAAUGGACCCAUUUACUGACCUCACCAUCACCCUCUGCAUUGUGCUGAACACCCUCUUCAUGGCCUUGGAGCAUUAUAAGAUGACGAAGGAGUUUGACCACAUGCUUUACAUAGGCAAUUUGGUCUUCACUGGGAUUUUUACAGCAGAAAUGAUCUUCAAAGUAAUUGCCCUUGACCCCUACUACUAUUUUCAGCAGGGCUGGAACAUUUUUGACAGCAUAAUUGUUAUACUGAGCCUGAUGGAACUGGGUUUAUCCAGCAUGGGAAACCUGUCUGUGUUACGCUCCUUUCGAUUGCUGCGGGUCUUCAAAUUGGCCAAGUCGUGGCCAACCUUAAAUACGCUCAUUAAAAUCAUCGGUAAUUCCGUGGGCGCCCUCGGGAACCUCACCCUUGUGCUGGCAAUCAUCGUCUUUAUUUUUGCCGUGGUAGGAAUGCAGCUUUUUGGGAAAAGCUACCUGGACAAUGUUAAGAAGAUAAGCACAACUGGCAAUUUGCCACGGUGGCACAUGAACGAUUUCUUCCAUUCGUUCCUCAUCAUCUUCCGAAUCCUGUGCGGGGAGUGGAUCGAGACCAUGUGGGACUGCAUGGAAGUAGCUGGGCAGCCCCUGUGCCUUCUUGUCUUCUUGUUGGUCAUGGUGAUAGGAAACCUGGUGGUGCUCAACCUGUUCCUUGCCUUGCUGCUCAGCUCUUUCAGUGCUGACAACCUCUCAGCACCAGACGAGGAUGGAGAGAUGAAUAACCUGCAGCUUGCCUUUGCUCGGAUCAACAGGGGUCUUCAGUAUGUGAAAAGUGCGACGUGGGAUUUUUGCUGCAACGUCCUCCGGCAUCCCAAAACGACAGCUGAAAAGAAGGCAAUGAUGAAACUUGCUGCCCAGAAUACAGGUGCCCUUAACAAUUGUGUCAACAGUCAUCCAGCUGCUGAGCUUGGCAAAGACAUGGAGAAUCACAAAGAGAACCACACUGAGGAUGGGAUGAAUAAAAAUGUGGAGAAACACCUGGGAAUUACAGACAACGAUGACUUCAUGACCAAUCCUGACCUGUCAAUUUGUGUUCCUAUUGCUGUGGGAGAGUCUGAUAUUGAGGAGGAAGAUGAGGAGCAGAGCACGUUUACAGAAAUGGAAUCUUCCAAAGAGCUUGAUGAAAUCAGUCUUUCUGAAGGCAGCACAGUGGAUUUGACAAAUCCUGCAGAACUGCUGGAGCAGAUCCCUGAGUUUGCUGAGGAGCUGAUGGAGCCUGAAGAUUGCUUCCCUGAAGUUUGUGUGCGAUUCUUCCCAUGCUGUUCCGUGGACAUCUCAAAAUUUCCAGGCAAAAUUUGGUGGAGGCUCCGAAAAACUUGCUACAGGAUUGUUGAACACAACUGGUUUGAAACUUUCAUCAUAUUCAUGAUCUUGCUGAGCAGUGGAGCCCUGGCUUUUGAAGAUAUUUACCUUGAAGAUCGAAAAAACAUAAAAACCAUGCUGGAAUAUGCUGACAAAAUAUUCACUUACAUCUUUGUCUUGGAAAUGCUCCUGAAAUGGGUGGCUUACGGCUUCAAGAAGUAUUUCACCAAUGCCUGGUGCUGGCUUGACUUCCUCAUUGUCGAUGUCUCCUUAAUAAGCCUCAUAGCCAACACUCUUGGAUACUCCGAGAUGGGUCCCAUUAAAUCCCUCAGGACCCUCCGAGCUCUGCGACCAUUGAGAGCAUUGUCACGGUUUGAAGGGAUGAGGGUGGUGGUCAAUGCCCUUGUGGGAGCCAUCCCUUCCAUCAUGAAUGUUCUGCUCGUCUGCCUCAUCUUCUGGCUCAUCUUUAGCAUCAUGGGAGUCAACCUGUUUGCUGGGAAGUUUGGGAAGUGCAUUAAUAAGACGGAAGGAGAUAUGCCGUUAGACUCUAAAAUUAUUAACAACAUGAGUGACUGCAUACUCUAUAAUGUUUCUGGCACGUUUUACUGGACAAAAGUUAAAGUUAACUUUGAUAACGUUGGUGCUGGGUACCUGGCUCUGCUGCAAGUGGCCACAUUUAAAGGUUGGAUGGACAUUAUGUAUGCAGCAGUGGAUUCGCGAGAGUGUGAGGAGCAGCCUGAAUGGGAAUGUAAUUUAUACAUGUACCUGUACUUUGUGAUUUUCAUCAUUUUUGGGUCUUUCUUCACACUGAACCUCUUCAUUGGUGUCAUCAUUGACAAUUUCAACCAACAGAAGAAAAAGAUAAGUGGCCAGGACAUCUUUAUGACAGAAGAACAGAAAAAAUAUUAUAAUGCAAUGAAAAAGUUGGGAUCUAAGAAACCUCAAAAGCCAAUCCCAAGACCACUGAACAAAUACCAAGGUUUUAUUUUUGAUGUUGUCUCAAAACAAGCCUUUGAUGUCUCCAUCAUGAUUCUCAUCUGCCUUAACAUGGUUACCAUGAUGGUAGAAACAGAUGAUCAAAGUCAGGAAAAAGUGAACAUCCUCCACAAAAUCAACAUGCUUUUUGUUGCCAUCUUCACUGGGGAGUGCAUCUUCAAAAUGCUGGCACUACGACACUACUACUUCACCAAUGGUUGGAACAUCUUUGACUUUGUCGUCGUGAUUCUGUCUAUCGUAGGCACCGUACUUUCUGACAUCAUUCAGAAAUAUUUUUUCUCUCCCACACUCUUCAGAGUCAUUCGCUUGGCUCGAAUUGGCCGGAUCCUAAGACUCAUCCGGGGAGCCAAAGGAAUUCGAACUCUCCUUUUUGCCUUAAUGAUGUCCCUACCUGCUCUGUUCAACAUUGGCCUCUUGCUUUUUCUGGUCAUGUUCAUUUAUGCCAUUUUUGGCAUGGCUAACUUCGCCUAUGUUAAGAAGGAGUAUGGAAUUGAUGACAUGUUCAACUUCCAAACUUUUGCUAACAGCAUGCUCUGUCUCUUCCAAAUCACAACGUCAGCUGGCUGGGAUGGUCUUCUCAAUCCUAUUUUGAACACUGGACCACCGUAUUGCGACCCAAACCUUCCAAAUGCAAAUGGUUCAAAGGGAGACUGUGGAAGUCCUGCCGUAGGGAUUUUAUUCUUUGUUACUUAUAUCAUUAUAUCAUUUCUCAUUGUUGUAAACAUGUAUAUAGCCAUUAUUUUAGAGAACUUCAGUGUAGCCACUGAGGAAAGUACAGAGCCUCUAAGUGAGGAUGAUUUUGAUAUGUUCUAUGAAAUCUGGGAGAAGUUUGACCCUGAAGCCACUCAGUUUAUUGAGUAUUCUGCACUUUCAGACUUUGCAGAUGCACUGUCAGAACCUUUGCGCAUAGCGAAACCAAACAAAAUCAAACUCAUAGCGAUGGACCUGCCCAUGGUCAGUGGAGAUCGGAUCCAUUGCUUGGAUAUUUUGUUUGCUUUUACAAAAAGGGUGCUAGGAGAAUCUGGGGAGAUGGAUGCCCUUAAAAUACAAAUGGAAGAAAAGUUCAUGGCGGCGAAUCCAUCCAAGAUCUCUUAUGAACCAAUAACAACAACUCUCAGACGGAAACAAGAAGAGGUCUCCGCCAUCGUCAUCCAGCGCGCCUACAGGAGACAUUUGUUUCGGCGCUCGAUGAAGCAGGCAUCUUACUUGUACCGACACAGAACUUUUGACGGCAGCAUCCUCGAGGAUGAUGCACCCGAGAAGGAGGGUCUCAUUGCAUUCAUGAUGAAUGAAAACUAUGGCAGGCCAAUAGACAAAUCAGAAACCCUGUCCUCCACAUCCUUCCCUCCAUCCUACGACAGCGUUACCAGAGGUACAAGCGAGAAUCUCCAGCUGAAGUUGACAGACUCAAGCAAAAGUGACGAGGCCAUAGAUUGUUUGCUCUCACCAGACAGAGAUAAAGAAUCAAUUGUUUAAAUGUCUGUUUAGAAUGCUUUAAAAUAUUGUUUACAGAAUGUAAUGCUGUAACUACACAACGAUUGAAGCAGCCUUUUUAUUAAACAUUAGUUGCAAAAGAAACAAUGGAGUUUUUACCCUUAACUACAGGAAUCUAAUAAGUCAUAUAACCUUUGACCCUGCUCUUUUUGACUUGGCUCAAUAUUUAUAUUUAUAUAUGCACAGGAAGAAUCUUGGCAGGGUCACAGCUGUUAUAUCAAUGGUGUGAAUAGGAAUAUGCUAGACUGUAAAACAGUAAACACAGUGUAUAUCUAUCCACAGAUAAAGCCUGGCUGUAUACAUUCAUUUAAGGUCUUACUCAUAUUAGUGUGUUUACUUAUGGCAAUGUAUGACCUUGCAUUCUAAAAAAGAAAAAAAAUAUAUCACAGCUGCUGUAGCAAAAUGUAACACUUACUGUAUAUGUUGUGAAUGGUCUUUCAUAAAUUUAUUAUAUUUGAUAUUUUUUUACUUAAAAAGUCUCUUUUUCCAUGGAGAUUAAUGAUCCUUACACUCUUCAUGAUGAACUCUGAGUUGAGGUAAUAGGAACUUGGGGGAUCCCUGUUGUUUGAAGAGGAAAGUUGUUGCAAAGUAAACCAUCCAGUUAGCAACAUUUAACUGUUUAUUACACUCAGCCCUCCCCGCUGGGACUUGCAACUGCUCAUCAGCAGGAAUAGAAAAAAUAAUAAUAAUAAUAAUUAAAAACAAAAAAAAAAAACAAAAAGAGAAGGAAAUGAUGACAAAAUAAUACAAGAAAUUGCUUGUUCUGUCCUCCAGGAAGCCAGACAGUAAUGGAUUCUGUUUGUAAAACUGUUAAUAAAAGCACUAAUUUUUUAGUAUGUUUCAAGAAUCUGCUUUGAAUACUGCAAUCAAACUUGCCAUAGAAGUAGUGCAUCACUUGUGUGUAGUGCUCAAGGCACCGUCUAUGCUGGCAAAGUUUCUGUUAAGGGCAUGGGAUAGGCUUUGUUUUCCCAGGAAAAGCUAAGCAGCUUUUUUGGAAACUCUGUGCAUCAAUAUUACUCCAAAAAUAGUAUUAUUAAUCAUAACAACACUGAUUGGGUUGUGAGGAAUGGCUGCAACAGUGUGGUCAAGAAGGUGGGAGGGGAAUUGCCCCUGGAUCUGUAUGUAACCUCUAAGGUUUUGAAUCCUUUCUUCUCAGUGUCCAUCUUGCAUUUUAUCAGAUGGUACAGAGAGAUGACUGGGGAAGGCAAGAACUAUAGGAACCAAUGAUAAGAAUCUACUAGAAAAUAGAAAUAUCCUAAUUCCUGCAGGUAAAGGAAUAUUUACAGCUGAUGCAUCCGUCAGCUUCAGGCCAAAGAAAUGACAACAGAAUGGAAGGUGGAUGUGUGGCUGUAGAAAAGUAUUAGAGGUUUUAUGUGCUAACAUAGCUUAUUAUUUAUUAUUAAACUUUCAGCUGUGGUAGAAUAUGAGAAAGUAUUUGUGGAAUAUAGAGACAAGUCUGUCACUGCAGACAAGUUCUUUCUUUUUCACCUUCAGACUGAUUGUACUUGGUUUGGUUGAACUUCGUGAAAAAUCUUGAGAUUUCUGUAAUGAGCCAUUGCACUUUAAGGAAGAGUAAUUGUGCUUUUCACCUUGGAGAAGCAAGGAUAUCAAGAAUGUAUUUAAGGUGUAUUGUGAUUGACAUUUAGUUACAUCCCAGGUUGUAAAGGUGUCAAAAUCCACAUGGGGUUGGCAACAAGAAUUAAAGCAACAUGUUACAGCAAAUUUUGUCUAUGACCGUUGUUAUCUGUCCUCUAAAUAAGUCAAAAUGUGUAAAGACAGCGUGUCAAGAGAAUGACUAUGUAUCUGUAAAUAUGGGCUAAUUUAUUCUCUCCAUUCAUUGAGAGGCGUCUCAGGCAUUCACUUGAGAGUGGGCUAGUGGAUAAUGCAGAGUAUUUGCCAGCAGGAUUCCUGGGGUCUAUUCCUGAUUCUUGCUACAUGAUUUUUAGGCAAAUAAUUGAACCUAUCUGUGCCUCAGUUUACCCAUCUGUAAAAUGGGGGUAAUAAUACUUACCUACCUCACAGGGGUGUUGUCAGACUUUCUGGUUGCAAAGUGCUAUAAGGGAAUGAAACGUAUUCUAUAAGUAUUAUAAUCAUGCUCUCUUGCCCUUUUAACCCCAUGUCUAUGGUGUAUAACAUAGGGCUGUUCCUCUGGAGAUUUUGUUGCCUUUAAAUCUUGUAUGUAAUUAGAUUCUAACCUAAGGGAACUACUCUUCGUUCCUUAAAGUGAAAACACUCUUUUUUCUUUCCUCCGUCCUCACCAUCCUUUCCCCUCACCCUCCUCCAACCCCAAAAAAGAAACUUGCUCAAGGCUUCUCAAAUUAGAGAAACUUUAUACAGAUUCCCUGUGUAUUUAUGCUGUAAUCUUAUUCUGACUGUACAUAUCACCCAGAAAGAGUAUGCGAUUUUUAUAUUUAUAUGCAUAUAUAUAUACACACACACACAUAUACAUACAUAUACCUAUACAUAUAUAAGUAUAUUGUGAGUUUAUAGAGUGACUGACACUCAGAGGACAUGACUUACUGACUAAAAUGUUUUGUUCUCAAUGGGAUUUAUUGAUCAUUAGAAAUGAACUGCUGCCUAUAAUGAAACUGUUUAAUUAGGAAAUAGUACAUGCAUCACCUGCUGAACAAGCAUUUAUUGGCUGACAACUGGUAAAAUUAUUUUCCUUUUAAAGCUUCAGAAUGAAAUAAAAGAAGGAAAAAAGCUAAGAAAUAAGAGGAUUUCUUAUCUGAUUUUUAUCAUUUGAUAUAUAAUAUUCAAAACAAACAAUAAAAAAAGCCAACCUGCACAUAGCAGUGCUACACUGAUCACUCUGCUUUACAAAUAUUUUAAUUAUUUGCAAUUUAUAUUCAACUUAUAUUCUUAAUAAGAGCGUGGCCCAGUGAUGAAUGGGAUGUAGUGGGAAGAUUAGCUGGCAACCGAUCAUAUUAAAGAAGAGCUCUUCCUUGGGUCAUUUCACUCAUGCAUUGAACAUUUCAUUGCCAUUGCUGUGAGACCCUGUAGUACUAAUGCAAUAUAACUGGUUCUGGUUUCUACCCAAAAUCUGUUAAAAAAUUGUUGAUUCAAAAAAAAAUAUAUGAAAUUAGAUCUUAACUAUAGGUGUUUACAGUGAGACUUAUUAAAAAAUGAAUUGUAAAUUACUUUCAAAAGCUGUGUAACUGAAAGAUUGCUUUUCCAUUGGGUUUUCAAUUUUGUUGAACAUUUCUUUAAAGCUGGAGAGAGAAUGGUAUCUUUGUAUGGUAUGCAGCACUCCCCUCCAAAAAUUCAAAUAGCCUCACUUGCAGAUUUUUAUCAAUGGAGAUGCCCAUUUGUACUCAGCAACGAUACAUGCUCCCAGUGCAGUGAUUUAGUUAAAGAUACUGACUUAACAGUUGGCCCACACUGUCUAUAAGCAUGAGUGCUACCAUUUUUUCUGUUGAUUUGUUCAAUAAAGGCUACCACAUGAAUCGCUCAAGCUACAAAAAGAGCAAGGAAAAUAUCAGCCAAUAUCAUAGGACAUAUUAAGCUGUUUGUAC